GGAAGGCCUUUGAGGCGCGGCCCCGCGGCCAUCUUGGGCAGUAGCGCGUGCGCAGUGCGGCUUGAGAGCAGGAGCGAUGGGGCCGGGACAGAACAGCGCCUUGCGGGUUGAAUGGAUUGCUGCAGUGUCCUUAGCUGCUGGAGCAGCUGCUGUUGGAUAUCUAGCUUACAAAAAAUUUCUCUCUAAAGACAAAUGCUGCAAAGCAAUGGUGAAUCCCCAUAUCCAGAAGGAUAACCCCAAGAUAGUCCAUGCCUUUGAUAUGGAAGAUCUGGGAGACAAGGCUGUGUACUGUCGUUGUUGGAGGUCUAAGAAGUUCCCACUGUGUGAUGGCUCUCACACAAAGCACAACGAGGAAACUGGCGACAACGUUGGGCCUCUGAUCAUCAAGAGGAAGGAGGCGUAGAGUGGACAGUAGAAGCUACAGAAUCAAUGUCUGACAAAUCCUCUGCUCUCUUGUAGCUGGGGGAAAAAAAACACAAAUUCUUUGUCAUAUCACUGAAGACUUCCCAAUGUAGUAUAUAUAUCAGACUUCAGCAUGUAUAUUUUCUCUGGUGCUUGUUGUCUUUCAAUCACUACAAUGCAUAAUUUACUAAGUAGUCAUGGUUUAAAUUUUUUGUCCUGUAAAGUGUGUGUACCCUCUCACUGAGUGUGAAGCUAAAAUGAUGCACAGAAUGUACUUCAUCAGGAAAUAGGUAUUAUUUUCAAAUACAUGUGUAUUGAAACGUAGAUACUAAAAUCCUGGAGAGGUUUGAAAGUCACAGAGCUGGAUAGAUGUCCAUGUAGAAGGCAGUGGCAGGGAAGAAAUCACAGUCCCAUCUUAAUCUCUGAUUAUGCUACAUUCUCUGCAGGUGUCACAUUUGGCCUGUUACACUACUGUGCUCUGUGGCUUCUGUAAAAGAACAAAUUCAAAAUUGCUAGCUAUGGACAGGCAACAGAAAAGGCUGAAAGUAAGAUGGGGCUAGAGGGCAACUUUACCUUUGCUUUGCAGCAGCAUUGAAAUUUGACCCUACUUCCAUUUGGUAUCAAGAAAAUACUAUCCAAAUUGCAGACCUGUAUUUAGAGUAGGAUUAGGAAAAUGGUCUCUGAGAGCUUUCUUAAUAGAUGAGUGAAAUGACACAAAGUGCUUCAAGAGUGAUGAGCAGGGGGUGGCAGGGUUGUUUUUGCUGCUAGAAAGCCUUAGUUUCACUUGCAGUCUUGCAGUGAAGCCAACUUCCCCAGACAGGAUGCUUCUGUGGGGUGGCUAUGCUGAUUAAUUCCAGAAGCUAAAAUAAAAACUAAAACCCCACCCAUCAUCACCAUCUGCUUCACCAUUGCACUGGCUGGUUCUGGAAAGCUCUUCCCGAUGAGAAGGGAGGAGGCACAUCUUUCUUAUUAUGUGGCCUUAGGCUCUAUGUGUCUUAACUCCUGCCUCCCUGGGCUGCUAAUGUGGUUCAGCUGAUUUAAAAAAAGAAAUCCUGGCAUGGACAAAGAAUGGCUUUGGAAAUAGAAACAAGGAGGGAGGGAAGGAUGUCAGAGAGAGCUCUUACCCUCCUUACCCAUGGCACAUGUCUUCUUGUCUGGCAUGGUUGCAUUAAUGGCUGUCAUGUUGGAUUCCUUAAAUAGCUUUGAUUUAUUAACAUGCAUAUAACUACAAAACCCAAAGAGUGGGGCAGCAGGGGGCAAUUUUGUACUAAACCCAGUCCAUUAGUGUAACUGCAGCCUGCAUAAGAUUGAGCUCUGAAUGUCCUGGGACAGAAACUACCUCAGGGCUAGAUGAAAGGCCUUGUUAAGAAGCUUACAUUUUAGCCUAGACCCUUAGGGAUUCUUCAAAUGAUCGGGGCAGGAGAGGUUCUAUUUAUUUUAUUAAGAGUGGUUGGUACAACUGGUUAAAACUGAAGAUGUUUUGCAUAGUCUCUAUGUGAGACUUUCAGAGGCUGAGGUCUUGGCCAACUGGUCUGAAUUUGGGCAGAAGGCACAAAAAGUAAAGAAGGAAGCACAGGUAGAGAAGGGGUUUGCAGGUGGAGUGUCAGAGUAAGGGCACUACUGUCCAAGAGACCUCUAUUUGAAAGAAGUUGCAGUCAAAUAUGUCAGUUUGUCUUUCAUGUCUGUCUUGAGUGUGAAUACACUUGAUAUUUUUUACUUUGCUGAGUACUAAUGCGUAUGGAAAGUUGUUAUAACCUUAAAUUAUCAAAUACAUUGCUUUUAUCCAAAGCAAAGUAACUUCUGUAUUAUUAGAACAUGACACUGGAUAUUUCUGUAUUUUUGUCAAAUUACACAUUCGAGCUCAUCUUAAUCUCAAGGCUGUAAAGUCUGUGUUAUCAUGGGUAUGCUCUUUGUGUAGUGCUGUACAGCAGUGCUGCUGUAGUCACGAACCUGUGUCGGGUGGAUUUUUCUUCUGAGACUCCUUUUCCAUCAAAGCCUGGCUACUCCUGAAGGAAUAGAAAUUCAAUGUUAAUGGUCUGAGAAAUGAAGUCCUGAGGUUUCAGAUGAGUCUCCUGAGUCAUAAAACUAUUUUGUGGAGUUUGCCAAUAAAAUAUUGCCAGGAGUUCGGGUGUCAGGGAAGUGGGCGCCAUGGAAAGUUUUUUUCCUGGGAAGCAAAGUUGCAGAAGCAGAGUCUGUGUUGAUUUAAAUCCUGGUGACUUUUGUUUUGGAGAAGUGUUGCAUUUCUGAAUGUUGAUUUGAGUGUUCUUAAUUAGAACACCCUUAAUUGAGAUCUUAAUUAGAGGCACGUACGAUUCCUGUACUGUACCUUAUUUAUGCAAGCUGUUUGAAUGUGAUGAGAAGAGAAACUUGGAUUUGAGGAAACAAACUUACCAAGCAGUCUCAAUGAGCAUCACAGAGAACGCUUCAUUUUUUCUUAGUACCAUAAUAGGUCACCAUGUUCUAAUGGGCAGAGUGCUUGACUGUUUCAGUGUUUUCCUAAGUCUCUUUCUUUAGUGCUUUCCUCAAAUAAUCUCUAGAGUAUGAAUUGCAUUGGUUAGAUUUCUACCAAGUUAAAACCAUAAAGAAAUGAUGCAAAUGUGCAGUUUUCACCUCACAUUGAAACUCCUAAUAAAAAUGUGGUACAAAUCCUUCAAAAAUUAAAGCAGAGAAGAAUCCUUGCUGCAGAGUAAAACUAUUUCUGCUCCUCACUGUUAUUUUCAGCAUGUAAGUGUUGGGAAGGUCAAGAAAUUAAAGUACUGAUUCUUAAGUAAUUGAAUGUAACUCAUCAAAAUAGUGUGAAUGUCAGGUAUUUGAGUGCUUCUACAGUCAGGAUCCUUGAAGGGGAGAGGCUGUCAGUUACAGAUACUUCCUGCAGAUUUCGUUGGGGCACUGUUAGUCUGCAGGCUGAGGAGGUGGUGGAGGCCAGCAGCUAGCACUGCAGCUAUGCUGCUCCACCGGAUGGAAACAGAGGCCAUGCAAUGGGGCCUCCAUCAGGGCAGUGCUGGUCUAGGGGCUUUCUCUACAGCCAUGGAUUUAAGGGAUUUCAGCAGCAAUGCUGGCUGGUUGAGCCCAGGCAGCUGGAAGUGCUGCAUAGAUAUGUUGGGGACAAAGCAGCUUUUCAUGCCCAGAGCCUCAUGCACUUUGAGUCCUGGAGUUGUAUUGCCAGUUCCCUGAUAGCGAGCUGCAGAGCUCACCACAAGCCCUGCUAAAAUUACCAUUUUAUUGCAGUUUGGGGCUUGUUCUGAUGCUGUUGGGGUCUGUAAAACUUACCUUGUGCAAUUGUGCAGGAGUUAGACUUGGAUUUUCCUUUCAGUGUAAUGCAACUAAAGACAUGGAAAUAUGAGUCACUGCUGUAUCACAGUUGCUCACUCCCAAGAAACGGAAGAACAUUUUAUAAUAGGAAGGAUAAGAAUGUAGGCAUGAAACUAAACAUUGGUGUUGCAGAGGAACCUUGUCAGCUGACUUCUCCUUAGCCACCCUGGACAUGGAAGUCUCAUGCUAAAUUUGGCUUUCGUUUCAACUCCUAAAGCUUCAAGGCUGACAAAACCCAUGCUGAGCCCUGACUGGAUUAGGUGGAUGAACACAGUCUUCCCCUUGCCUGUGGGCAGAGAGAGGAUGCCCAACACCUUGGCCAGGAGGCCAAAUUUAUGGGUGUUCACCAUUGCUGUUUCAGCCCAGGCAGAACAUUUCAUGCAGAUCUGCGCUGACACAUGUUCAGUCCAGCAGUGUCGGAUGCCUGUUCCCCCAAUUGCUCUCUGCAUCCAGGCUUGUUCUGUUGUCGUUUUCCUACAUUGAUGAGUGGCUUCUUUGCACUGUCAGAAUAAUUUUCCUAGAGCCAUGAUUAAUUUAGAAUGGGUACCAGGGGCUGCUGCUUGAAGCUCUCUGUUGCUUGUUUUCUAUAGUUGUUGGGGUGUGUAGUGCAUUUCUUGGCAGGAUGAUUUCCAAGCUGCCUGAUACAGAGGCUAAUGCAGAGAGCCGCUGAAUAAAAACUAAAUAAUUUAAAAAUAAACAGACAAAUUUGUGAAGAGAAAGAAGAAGAGGAAAAGAGCGAAAAAAAAUGUGGUGGAUGGGGGGGAGCAUAAGCUAGAGAAGACUUACCAUCAUGUAACAGUACUACAUGGUAGGAAAAAGGGAUAAAUCAAAUGACACAAUGUUAUGUUGCAUUUCAUUAAACACCUUAAUAGAGCCAAGCAUAAGAAGUAUAAAGUGGCAGUUCUAUUAGCCAAACCCAUGCUUCUCAGAGGUGAAGGGGUUAUGUGUUUGAGCAGACAUCUGUUAUUGGGGUUUUUCUUCCUCAACUGUGAAAUCCUGCAGUACUGGACAGAAAAAAAACAUACACCCGUGCAGUGGGUCCUGUUAGCAGUCUCCUGUUCCUCCACACCCCACUUUGUAAGCUGUUUAAUUAGAUGUGCAGUUGUAAUAAAUAGAAGGAGUAUUUACUGGUAUGCCUCCAGAAGUCAGUAAAAUCACAGUAGGUGUACAGGACUAGCAAAGCAGAAUGCAGUCCACCUUUCCCAUAUGCAGUUUGGACUGGUAAGAAAGGAUUUAUCUGGCUUCUCAAGCAACUUCUGUUUCCUUCAAUAUAUAGAAGCUGCAAAAAGGUCUCGCAUAAGCACAGAUAGAUCAUGUCUCUUGUUAUGUUUUUCCCAGCUGAAUACUCAACCAUCCCUCUUUUCCUAUUUGAUAUGGCACUGCCCUUAAUCCACUCUGUUCUGCAUCCUUUUUGUCAUGCAGACUGCAGUUUUCUUUCACUGUUUUUUAUGUGUGGCAGACUUACACCAAAA